UCAAAAAAAAAAAGCAGAGGAGGAAUCCAACUUAUCUCAAAACAAAAAAAAAGGAACCGAACCCUAGAUCGGCAAGAAACGCAGGCAGCAGACAAGGCGAUGGCGGCGGCGAUUCGACACGCGGCCAGAAGGCUCAGCGGCGGCAAGGCGGUUUACAAGCCCGCCGUCUCGCCGCUGGUCGAGGUUGAGUGUCGCCGGCUGAUGCCAAGGCUCAUCUACGGUGGCCGUCAGCCUAUCCCUUUUCGUUUCCGGCCUUUGUCUGCCUCCGCCGGCGGCGCUGAUGUUGGCAACAGCACCCUGCAUCAACCAAAUGCAAAACCUGCGCUAGACCUCGACGCCAAGAGAGCAUGGGGCCGUCGUCAGAUAAUUGAAGUCGAGACCAAGAAGCGCGACCUCUUCUACCAGCUCGCUGAGCUUGAUAGCAGAUUCCCCUCGCGUAACAAGUACUUCCGAGAGAACAGGGAGCUUAUCCACCAUCUCUUCGGACACAUUGAGCCCAAUCCCAGUGAUGCCCUCUGGCGCUUCUGUCGUGCAAGAGAAAGAUUCAAUAAUUGCCUGGUAUAUGGACUGCCUACAAUGCUUGCCACUUGGAUGUAUCUGGAUUGGGAUGGAUGGAAAGAGAUGUUUGCUGAUAUCCUUGGAGUUAGUAGCUAGUUAUCUUAUCUAGCACAAUGUUUGAAGCCUAUAUAGUGUGUGUUAUCAGAGUAAAAUUCUUAUCGGUACACUUUUUAUUGGCUGAAUGUGAAGGAACUGCACUUCUUGUAGCCUGACUUGUUUCAACAGGGUGCAUUUCUCUUAAAGAAAAUUCAGUUUCUAGACCUUUGGCCAAUAAAAGGUGUUCUCUUAAAGAAAUUCACCCCAAUGUAGAGUGUAAAACUACUACUCCCGCUGAUCGUUUAGAUCACUAAAGAAGUGACAUGUUAUCUGGGUAUUGUAAUCCGAAUCUGUUCUCAUUAUAUGGUGCUAUCCUUUAUGUGCA